AUCUAAUACUUUAUACACACCCUAUAGAAUAAGAAUACAUAUUAUAUAUUAAUGGAAAUUUCAGUAAUUCGUUGGAAAUGCGUAAUCUUUCUAAUAAUUGAUCUGAACGGUUUUCCACAUUUUUUAUAUAGACCUGAACGGUGUUAUACUAUUAACAAUUAUUACUAUGACAUAACAAAAUACACAAUAUAACGAAACAUAAAUAAAAUGGCUUUUCGUAUGGAACGCACUUUCAGAGAAAUUAACUUCCUCUGCACAUUUGGUGUAUAUUUCUCUACUAACAUUUGCCUAUCACUACGUGGAUAAAUUUUAGAGCCUUAUCACCCCCUUAAGUAAUGGCAUCAACCCAAAACAUUUGGGAACUCUUUUAAACCUUUACUUCAACCAUUUGUUGUUAUAUCCUUGGUAAGUAGUAGACUGAGAUAUCACCAAGAGAGAUUAACAUAUGAUUAGGUAGUUAAUUAUCUUGUCUUAAUAUGCGAUUUAAUUUUAUAAUCAGUUACACAACAAAAUGUUACCUAUCAGCUCAUGAUCACUUAAUGCUGAAAACUUGGUCAAUGACAACCAUAGAAAUUUCUUGUGAAUCUUUUUGUUUGGUUCUUUGUUCAUUUGUUUGGCAACAAAUCUUGAUUUUAUGGCCACAUUGCAACAAAAGUAUGGACAUGCAUAAGCCCACAUCGAGAAUUUGAUCAAUUAUCUUUAUGUGCAAAAAAAAACAACACGAAAUGUUGUGUUUUUGUGUAUAAUCUGUGUUGAUUAACAUGUCUUUUUUGGCAUUUUGUGCCGCCUAGAGUAAUUAAGGACUAAGUCUAUGCAACAUAUACAUCAACAUGAAAUAAUAAUAGUAAUUAUUAUCAUGCAGUUGGCCGGCUAAACAAAAGUAAAUUGACAAUUCUCUCAUUUCAAACAAUAUUAACCACAUUCCUUCUUUCUCCUACUCCUACUAUAGGCAAUUUCAUGCAAAAAGAGAAAGAUACUGCAGUAGUUGAUACUUUAUUAAAAGCUCUUAAAUUUUGAAGGGGGAAAAAACAUGGCAAAUAGACAAGAUUUUUCACCAGCUUCAGCACCUCCAGGAUUUCUCAAUUAUGGAAAUGGGUCAAACAAGAAACCUAUAUUAGGUGGAAUUUUGAUUGCCAUUAUACUAGUAUUUGUUGCAGGCUGGUCAUAAAUCUGUUUCAAGAGGAAGCUGUAUGCCAAAUUCAGGCUAUACAAGAACCAAAAAGGGAAACUAGAUGCAGAGAAGAUGAAGUUAAGGCGAUUUCGUUUGGAAGAACUGCAGAAGGCCACAGACAAUUUCAGCCAUGAUUUCUUGAUUGGUCAUGGAUCAUUUGCUAACGUCUAUCGCGGUACAUUCCCUGUGGAGGGAACUCUAGCAAUCAAGAAGCCUCAUUCUGAAGCAUACACAAGCACUGAAGACUUCAGAAAUGAAGUGAGGUUGCUGUCAAAAGUGAAGCAUGAGAAUCUGGUUGCAUUGGUGGGAUUCUGUGAAGAAACAGGCAAGAAAGGGCCAAAGGCAGCAAAAAUCUUGGUCUAUGAAUAUGUGGCUAAUGGCUCAUUACUAGACUACAUCAUUGGGAAGGGAGGAAGGAGUUUAACAUGGAGGGAGAGAGUUAAGAUAGCCAUUGGAGCAGCUAAAGGAAUAGGCCAUCUGCACGAAGGGAUUAGGCCGAGCAUCAUCCACCGUGACCUGAAGCCGAGCAACAUCCUAGUUGGAGAGGGAUUUGAGGCGAAGGUAUCGGAUUUUGGGCUGGUUAGAACAGGGCCAGUUGGUGAUGAAUCACAUGUUACCAGUAAGGUUAAAGGGACACUAGGGUACCUUGAUCCUGCUUAUUGUUCAACCUUUCAUCUCACUCCAUUUACUGAUGUCUAUAGCUUUGGAGUCAUACUUCUGCAGCUUCUUACUGCUAGACCUGCACUUGACUCUACUAGGGCUGCUAAUUCUACUUCUCACAUCAUUAAUUGGGCAAGAUUGAGCAUUGAGAAGGGCAAGAUUGGAGAUAUCUUGGACACUAAUCUUCUAGUGCAAGGUUGCAACAUGGAAAUGAUGGUAAAAAUGGGAGAGAUUGCUCUAAGAUGUGUGGUGAAAGUGCCCAAGGAAAGGCCUACAAUGAGCCAAGUCAGGCAAGAAUUGGAGGCAGCGUUGAAGGCGGCCGACGACGAGGACCUCCCUCCACCUCCACCUGCAGCAUCAAUGGGAGAUGGAGAUGAUGAUCAGAGGAAAAGUGGUAGGAUUCAUCGGUCAUCUGAUAGCGUUGUGAGUGUUGAUGGGAUUGGGCUUGAGAGAUUCCAUGUAGAAUUGGAUAGUGUGUCUUUUCAGAGUGUGAGUUUGAGGUGUUUAGAGACAAGUAUUAGUAUGGAUUAAUAUUAGUUCAGCAUCGAUCACUACCAACAUUAUAUAUAUAUAUAUAUAUCUUGUUUAAUUGCCA